AUGUUUUCAUAAUUAAUUCUUUCUACACUAUUAGAAUUAACCUAUUCUAAUUGGUCUAAAACACUAUAAAUAACAAUAGACAACUUUAAUCAAUCAGAAUCUGCUGUCUCAAUUAAUACUGAUAAUAUUCAUCAUAUCAAAUAUCCUUAGGCAUAUGACUUAAAUUUGUAUUACAAAAAUGGAAUAAGUAAAUCAAGAAAUAUAAGUGAUGAUGAAAAGAUUAAUAAUACUUAAUUAUUUUAAUAAGGAUGUUCCUAUUUGGAAAGAUAGAUAAAAAUUGAAGAUUGA